UAUGAGAGGUCUUAAAUGCUUAUGUAUUCUGAUUAUCUCGAUAAAAGCUAUAGAGUGCGAUUGGAAAUUUUAUGUACAACCACUUAAUUUAUCUUCAGGACCAUGUGAUCGUUUUGUAAAAGUAGAAACUAAUAAUAUCAUUGAAUAUUAUGUUAAAGAGGAAAAAUUGUUAUCGUUUAGAACUAUUAUAAAUUCAUCUGAAGUUCGAAAUAAUACUUACUUAACAAAUGUGACGUUUAAUUACUUGAACUCGUCGAAAAGUCAAAUCUACGACUUAAGAAGCUUUGUGAAUGUAAAGGAGAAAAGCAAAGGCGUUGAGAAUUUAAUUGAUAAGGCGAAUAAUUCAUCUUUAAAGUUAGGUCUAGAGUAUGUAAUUAAUUGCGCUGAGAAUUAUUUUGGGCCUCAGUGUUCUAAUUAUUGCUUUCCGAAGGACGAUGAUUUUUACAAGUGCAAUUAUACUACCGGAGAAAAAAUAUGUCAUAAAGGUUGGAAAGGCGAAUAUUGCCAAGAAAAGAGUUACUAUUGUUCCGAUUCUAUGCCCUGCGAUAAUGGUGGAAGGUGUACAAUCAUUAAAAACCAAACUAAAUGCAUUUGCCCUAAGGAUUUUAGUGGAACUCAUUGUCAGUAUGUCCUCCUACCAACCGAAGAAGAUUACAGUGGCGAAGAAAGGUUAACAAGCCCAGAAUAUACAACCAAAAAGGUUAUUAGGCGAGACGAUAACAUUGAGGAUUCUGUAGCUAUAACUGUUAUUAGUUGCAUGAUAAUAGCUCUUGUUCUUGUCGGAGUGAUUUUUUUCUUUUUCCUAACAAGAUAUACAAAGAAACAUAAGGCGAAAUCUGAGAAAAAGCACAAAAAAAGAGGAGAGAAAGGUAGUAAAAAGGAAUCCAAAAGAAAAAGCCCAACUAAAAAAGCGGCUGAAUCAAAAAAUAGUUCAAAGCAUACUUUCAAGAAAGGCUCAUCAAAGCACUCUCAUAUAGUUAAGGAAGAUACAACUGCCCCUGUUAAGGACAUUUCUAUUGCUGUUGAUAAAACUGAAAAAAGUGCUAGAAAAAGUAUUGCUUUGGAAGAUGCAAAGAAAAUAGACAAAAAAGAUUAUAUUGUUUAA